AUACAGAAAAUUUUAAUGAGUUCAUCUAAAAUUUGAAAUCAUUGGAAUAUCACAUCAUGGGUGGAGUUAGUGACGUUAGUCUUCAAAAUCACGUCGACUAUCCUUACAUUCUGGUUGUCAUUGGAUACCUCGUCACCUUCAGUCUUGCCGGAUCCGUUGGAAAUGGAUUCGUCUUUUACAUUUUUUCCAGAAAGAGAGAAAAAUCAACAACAACAAUUUUUAUUCUGGCAUUAGCUCUCACAGAUUUUUUCACCUGCUUGAUAAUUAUUCCACUUACUAUUUAUUACGAAGUGAUGGCGAAAAGAAUAAACAAUGAUUUACAAUGCAAGGUAUAUACUUUUCUUAUUACGUCCAAUAUCCCAUUUUCGGCUUUUAUUAUGGUUCUGAUCGCGUUCGAUCGAUAUUUCAAGAUUUGCCGACCUUGGAAUCAGUGUUUAGACAUUAGGAUGGCCAAGAAAAUAAUAGUGGCAGUUCUAAUUUUUGCAUUAUCUCUAGGAGUAAUUCCUUCACUUACGCACGGAGUUUAUCCAAUUUCGGAGGCGACUGUGACAAAAGAAAAUGUAACUGCUUUUGUAAUUGGUAGUGAUGAGCAGUAUUCUUAUAAUGGAAUGGUAAUGGAAUCUCAAAAUACCACCCAUGGCGACGAAAAGCUUCAUAAACUUAAUCUUCUAGGAAAUGUUUCGAAUAAUAUUUCAGAUAUGAAACUAGCUUAUGAAGGAUAUUGUAUCCCGGUUUACGACUAUUUUGAUGAAAAAUUUAUAAAGAAUUAUCAAAACUUUUAUGCAUCACUGUUUUUGAUAUCAUGUGCGUUUGUUACCGUUCUAUAUGCUCUCAUCUUCAAAUCCAUUACAUUAAGAAGAUACAGGAAAAGUCAACGCGCAAACAAGGGAACAGACAGACGGACAAGUCACACAAUAACAAACACAUGUACAACUAAACUAACAGCCAUGGAAACAGUAGAAAAUGACACCAGCCGACGAAUAAUGAAUAAUAAUUACGUCACAGAAAGCAAGCGAUCUGUAAGAAACAAACUCCGAUUGGCUAACAUAAAGACUGCUGGAAUUCUGUUCGUCGUGACUGUUGUUUUCAUCCUCGCCUUCCUGCCAGCAUGGUUGAUGUCCAUUCGUGUUAUUGACGCCAACAUAAUUGUUUAUUAUUUGUAUUUUAGCCACAACAUUGCAAAUCCUGUUAUUUAUGCAUUUUUCAAUGUUACUUUCAGGAAUGACAUCAGAAAUGCCAUAAAUUGCAGAUUCUUAUAGGAUAAUAUCAAAUAAACCAAAUUUAUUUUG